AUGGCCAAUUCGAACGUGCACCGCGUGGUGCUCGUGGCGCUGCUGCUGCUCGGUUCCGUCACGGUAUCGGCUGGCGAUGCCCGCGGCAGCCCCAUCACCUUUCAAGCCGAGGUGUCGAAGAUGCUGGACAUCCUCGUCAACUCCCUUUACACCAACCACGCCGUUUUUUUGCGCGAACUGAUAUCGAAUGGCAGCGACGCACUCGAUAAGAUUCGCGUACUUUACCUCACCUCUCCCAAGGAGCCGCUCACGAAGGAUGGCGAGACCCCGACAAUGGACCUCCGCAUCUCUUUUGACAAUGAGAACCAUGAGCUCAUCCUGCGCGACGGCGGCAUCGGGAUGACGAAGGAGGAGCUCACACAACAUCUCGGCUCCCUCGGCAGCUCUGGCACCAAGCACUUUCUCGAGAAGCUGCAGGAGGGUAGCGGCGCUGUCGGUGGCGACCAGAGCAACCUGAUUGGCCAGUUUGGUGUUGGCUUCUAUUCUGUCUUCCUCGUCGGCAACCGCGUACGCGUCGCGUCCAAGAGCGACGACAGCGACGAGCAGUAUGUCUGGGAGUCUAAGGGGGACGGGGAGUACUUCCUUUACCCCGACCCGCGCGGCAACACGCUCGGCCGCGGAACUGAGAUUACCAUCGAGCUAAAGCCGGAGGAUCAGGAGUUCCUGUCCGCUGAAACGAUCAAGAAGACGAUCCACCAGUACAGCGAGUUCAUCAACUUCCCAAUCUACGUUCAGGAAGAGGUGGAGGUGAAGCCGAAGACUGAGAUAAGGACGUCAGAACCGGGCGCCGAGGUGGGGUUCAUGAAGGAGGUGGUGGUGGAGGAGGACAACAAUGGGGAGGAGAAGGUUCCUAGGAUGGAGAAGCGCUGGACGCUGAUCAACGAGAACCGCCCAAUCUGGACCCGCCAGAUCGGUAACGUGACAGAGGAGGAGUACAUCAAAUUCUACAAGGCGUUCUCCGGCGACUACCGCGACCCCUUAUACUUCAGCCACUUCAAGGUGGAGGGCGAGGUGGACUUUGACUCGAUCCUUUUUAUUCCCAGCACCGUCGACCCGGCGUCCUUCUCCGAUGAUAAAGCCAACCCGAGCACGAACAUUAAGUUGUACGUGCGCCGCGUCUUCAUUACGGACGAGUUCCGCGACUUGCUGCCGCGCUACCUGAACUUUGUCAAGGGCAUUGUAGACAGCAACGACUUGCCGCUGAACGUAUCGCGUGAGGUGCUGCAGGAGAGCCGUAUCUUGCGCGUGAUCAAGAAGAAGCUUGUGCGCAAGGCGCUGAACAUGUUUGCCAACAUUGCGGCACAGGACGUGGAGAUCGCGAACAAGGAUCACGCGGAGGACCCGGCUCCGUCUGGGCACACUCACCUCAAGAAACCGACCUACGCCAAGUUCUGGGACUUGUUUGGCAAGCAUCUGCGUCUUGGCGCCAUAACUGACAGCAACAACCGCAAUCGCCUCAUGAAACUGUUCCGCUAUAAGUCCAGUGCAAGUGAAACGGAGUACAUCAGCCUUCAGGCCUACGUGGACCGCAUGAAGAAGGGACAGAAAGGCAUCUACUACCUCUCCGGCGACUCGGUGGACCGGAUUAAGAAGUCUCCAGUGCUGGAGGACGCCCUCAACCACGGCUUUGAGGUGAUCUUCAUGACGGACCCCAUCGACGAGUACGCUGUAUCGCAUUUGACCGACUUUGCCGGCAAUAAACUCAUUAACCUCGCGAAGGAGGGGGUGGCGUUUGAGGAGACCGACUCGCGGCAGCGAGUGGUGGACAAGAAGCGGAGGGAGAAGUACAAUUCCCUAUUUACGCAUCUACGCGGGAUCUUCGGGUACUCGGAGGUGCGCAAGGUUAUCUUGACGAGGCGCAUGACAAAUGAGGCGUUCAUCGUGUCCUCCGGUGAUAAUCAAAUCACAGCACGCCUGGCCAGCAUAAUGCGCGGCCAGUCUAUGUCCCUCGCAGACCAGAAGGUGACUGCCGAGCGUGUGUUGGAGGUGAACUACCGCCACCCUCUGGUGGACGAGAUGUUCAAGCGCUUCACCGUGAACGAGGAUGACGAGGUGGCGACAGACAUUGCGUGGGUGCUGUACGAUACGGCGAACUUGCAGGCCGAGUUCCCGGUAGCGGACGUGGCGGCCUAUGCGAAGCGCAUUAACCGUCUGCUCCGCAGCAGCGUCGAUCUGAACGCGGACGACUCGCUGCUACCGCCGGACGACGACGAGUACACCGUCUUCGACACAGAGACGGAGGAGGAGAAGCCGACGAACGACGCCGAGUACACCGUCUCCGACACAGCGACGGAGGAGGAGAAGCCGACGAACGACGCCGAUGCGAGCGAGACGACUGGAGCGGAUAGCGAUGGCGAUCUAUAG